ACCAAAGUAUUGAGCAUGGCUACAGUUCUGGGCCCAAGACCUCCACAGAAGCAGGCAGGGCCUGUGAUUAUAAAAGUGAAAGAAGAGAAGGAAAAAUGCCUUCCUAACCUGGAGUUAUUCCGCCAGCGCUUCAGACAGUUUGGGUACCAUGACACGCCUGGCCCCCGGGAGGCACUCAGCCAACUCCGGGUGCUCUGCUGUGAGUGGCUGAGGCCCGAGCUGCACACCAAGGAGCAGAUCCUGGAGCUGCUGGUGCUGGAGCAGUUCCUGACCAUCCUGCCCGAGGAGCUCCAGGCCUGGGUGCGGGAGCACUGCCCUGAGAGUGCUGAAGAGGCUGUUACACUAUUGGAAGAGCUGGAGCAAGAGCUGGAUGAACCAAGACAAGAGGUCUCAGCUGUUCCAGAUGAACAGAAAGAGCUGGAGGAGAAAGAGUCAUCUUCAGGAACCGCGAAAGAGCCCUUGUGCCGCAUGCAGCCACAACCUAUGGAGACCACGCACAAAUACGAAUCUUGGGAGCCUCUCCAUAUCCACGAGGUUGAUGAGGUGCCGGAUUUCACCCAUCGAAGAAAGAUCCAAGAUUAUAAAUCAAACACCCAGAAAAAGAAAACAACAUAUAAGCAACCAAGUUCUGAAGAAGUCUCUCGUACAUUUCAAGGGGAUGCUGUUACCAAGAGAAUGGAUGAUAAAUAUGAGGCUCGAUUAGAAAAGCCGCAGGCAAACCUUGACAGGGAAAAAGGAACAAAAUCUCCUACCCAAGACAUAGGACCCAAGAAAGGCAGAGAAUUGAUUCCUGUAAAUCUCGCCAAAAGAGAGAAACGUUACAUAUGUGCAGAGUGUGGAAAAGCCUUUAGUAAUAGCUCCAAUCUUACUAAGCACCGGAGAACACACACUGGCGAGAAACCUUAUGUGUGCACUAAAUGUGGGAGAGCCUUCAGCCACAGUUCAAACCUUACCCUUCACUAUAGAACACACAUGGUGGAGCGACCCUAUGACUGUGGCGAGUGUGGAAAAGCCUUCAGUCAGAGCUCGGAUCUCCUGAAACACCAGCGAAGUCACACUGGAGAGGCGCCGUAUCAGUGUAAAGAUUGUGGGAAAUCUUUCAGUGGCAAAGCGAGCCUCAUUCGCCAUUACCGGACACACACUGGAGAGAAGCCUUAUCAGUGUGAUGAGUGUGGGAAGAGAUUUAGUCAGCACGCCGGUCUCAGUUCCCAUCAGAGACUCCACACUGGAGAGAAGCCAUAUAAAUGUGAAGAAUGUGGCAGAGCCUUCAACCACAGCUCCAAUUUUAAUAAGCACCAUAGAAUCCAUACUGGGGAAAAGCCCUAUUGGUGUACUAACUGUGGAGAAACCUUCUGUAGUAAGUCAAAUCUUGCCAAGCAUCAGAGAGUCCACACUGGAGAGGGAGAAGUACUAUAA